AUAUCUAAAAAAUGAACCAAAAAAUAAUCAUAAUCCAUAUCUAUAAUAUUUAUCGUAUAUUUUUUUAGUCCAAUCUCUUUUGAGACAUUGCUCCAUAAAGACAAGAUUCACACGCUUGCCCAAGACUCUGACCAUCACCGUUGAUUACCACGGUUUGCACUAAUCGUUAAACUCUUCUUUUGAGAGGGGAAUCGUGGAACAUGGAUCGAAGGGAGCAUCUUUGUCAUCCUCCUUGUCCAUCUCUUUAUAUCACUUAUCUUCUUUGGAACAUCUUCAUCAAUGUCCUUUAUGAAGGUGGAAUCAUCCUCGAUACGAGGACCUAUGGGUGUUACGAGGGAGUCUUUUAUAUGACACUUUUAUCACUUUAUAGUGACCUCCAUGUCUUCACUAGGUUAAUUGAGAUCAACCUCUUCUCUUGUUUUCACUUUUUUUGUGCUUCUUAACGAGAGAUCUUUCUCUCUUGGUCAAAACAUAGACUUGCGAAUCCCAAUAUUUAAACACGAGAUUAUGCAUCAAUUUAAAACAGGAAGGUCUAGGUUUUUUUCCGGAGAAAUCAUUGUCACCUCAACCUCAGAUGCAAAAGAGAUCUAACCAUCUAACUUGUACACGUAAAAAGACUUGUAACUUGAAAGUCUCAACUAAAAAAAAAAAUUAGCCAUUAGGGAAAAACAAAGAAUGCAAACCAUUAGGAAAAUGCCACGUAUAUAUUUAUUGAGGCACAUCCAUUUCUAAAUUGUCUUUGAGCUCACUCUCCUAGUUUCUAAUACAAACCCAAACACGUCUCUUCUCUUACUUUCUUUGUGCCCCAAACAGGCCCUUACCUUCUCGUUCCCCCCUCACUUCUCUUCUCCACUGACUCCACAUCCCUCUGAUUCUUCAUUUCUAAGAUGGCAGCCUCUUUGGCCUGUCUUGGUGGAAGUGGUUUAUCUAUGCAAAGCGGCAAAAUAACUCUUGACUUCAACGGGAGAUAUCUCUUCUCAUCUCGUAGACUUUCAUCAGCGAAUAAAGAACCAAGGGUCAAAUCUGUAAAUGCAUCCUUGGAUCAAAGGAAGCAUGAAGGGAGGAGGGAGUUUCUUAAAUUGUUGAAUGUGGGAGUUGGGCUACCUGCAUUAUUGGGAAGUGGGAAAGCUUUCGCCGAUGAACAAGGGGUUUCCUCCUCCAGAAUGUCUUAUUCUAGAUUUCUUGAGUAUUUAGACAAAGAUAGAGUUAAAAAAGUGGAUUUGUUUGAGAACGGAACAAUAGCUGUUGUAGAGGCUGUUUCUCCUGAGUUGGGUAAUAGGGUGCAACGAGUGCGAGUUCAACUUCCAGGACUUAGCCAAGAGCUUCUACAGAAAUUCAGGGAAAAGAAUAUUGACUUUGCAGCUCAUAAUGCCCAAGAAGAGUCGGGCAAUCUAUUGUUUAACCUGAUUGGGAAUCUUGCUUUCCCUCUAAUAUUGAUCGGAGGAUUGUUCCUUCUUUCAAGAAGAUCAUCUGGUGGGAUGGGAGGUCCUGGUGGGCCUGGAUUUCCUCUUGCUUUUGGUCAAUCUAAGGCUAAGUUUCAAAUGGAACCUAAUACCGGAGUGACAUUUGAUGAUGUUGCUGGGGUGGAUGAAGCUAAACAGGACUUUAUGGAGGUAGUGGAGUUUCUGAAGAAGCCUGAGAGGUUCACUGCUGUUGGGGCUCGCAUACCGAAAGGAGUUCUUCUUGUUGGUCCUCCAGGAACCGGUAAGACGCUGUUAGCCAAGGCUAUUGCAGGGGAAGCAGGUGUCCCAUUCUUCUCCAUCUCAGGUUCUGAGUUUGUUGAGAUGUUUGUUGGUGUUGGUGCUUCUCGUGUUCGUGAUUUAUUCAAGAAGGCCAAAGAGAAUGCUCCUUGCAUUGUUUUUGUUGAUGAAAUCGAUGCUGUUGGAAGGCAAAGAGGUACUGGAAUUGGAGGAGGGAAUGAUGAAAGAGAACAGACCCUCAACCAACUUUUGACAGAAAUGGAUGGGUUCGAGGGUAAUACCGGUAUCAUUGUCAUUGCAGCAACUAACAGAGCUGACAUUCUUGACUCUGCUUUAUUGAGACCUGGACGGUUUGAUAGACAGGUGACAGUUGAUGUUCCAGACAUUCGUGGAAGGACUGAGAUCCUCAAGGUUCAUGGCAGCAACAAAAAGUUUGAAGGUGAUGUUUCUCUCGAGGUAAUUGCAAUGAGAACACCUGGUUUUAGUGGAGCAGAUCUUGCAAAUCUAAUGAAUGAAGCUGCUAUAUUGGCCGGUAGGCGUGGGAAGACGGCAAUUUCUUCGAAAGAGAUUGAUGAUUCAAUUGAUAGAAUUGUUGCUGGAAUGGAAGGAACAGUGAUGACAGAUGGGAAGAGCAAAAGUCUAGUGGCAUAUCAUGAAGUUGGGCAUGCCAUUUGCGGAACUUUGACUCCUGGUCAUGACCCUGUACAAAAGGUGACGCUAGUUCCUCGUGGGCAAGCUCGGGGUCUUACUUGGUUCAUCCCUAAUGACGACCCAACUCUAAUUUCCAAACAGCAACUCUUCGCGAGAAUUGUUGGUGGACUAGGUGGUAGAGCUGCAGAGGAAGUUAUUUUUGGUGAGCCUGAGGUUACAACUGGAGCAGCUGGUGAUUUGCAGCAAAUAACCGGUUUGGCCAAACAGAUGGUUACCACAUUUGGAAUGUCUGAUAUUGGUCCUUGGUCACUCAUGGAUGCCUCGGCUCAAAGCGCAGAUGUCAUUAUGAGAAUGAUGGCUAGAAACUCGAUGUCAGAAAAGCUCGCCGAAGACAUUGACGCCGCUAUCAAGAGGCUCUCAGAUGAAGCAUAUGAAAUUGCAUUGGAACAUAUAAGGAACAACCGUGAAGCAAUUGAUAAGAUUGUGGAUGUCCUUCUGGAGAAGGAGACAAUGACGGGCGAUGAAUUCCGAGCUCUGCUAUCCGAGUUUGUCGAAAUUCCGGCUGAAAAUCGGGUCCCUCCUUCAACUCCCUCACCAGUCACUGUUUGAAAAAUCAAUGCCACAUAGCUUAGCUCGCUAGAUAUUAAAUUUUUCUCAAACUGUAAAAUAUAAUGUAAUAUAUAUUUUUUGACUUGAAUAUUUUCUUUUCUUUCCAUAUUUUUUUCCCACUUUGUGCAUCCAACAGAAACUAUACCAAAAAGGAAAUGUUUCAUCAGUCAUUUUAGUCUGUCCAAAAAGGAAAUUUUUUAUGCUGACUUUCUUAGUUUCUUUGGAGCUUUUCUUUCA